AUGGCAUGGCCCUGCUGGCCAGCACUGCCAGCCAUGGAGAGAACCACGGUGCUGAUCACAGGCUGCUCCUCAGGCAUCGGCCUGGGGCUGGCUGCACGCCUGGCAGCCGACAGCGCUCGCCGGUUCAAAGUUUAUGCCACCAUGCGUGACCUGGCCAAGGGUGAGCGGCUGCUGGAGCGCCUGGGGGGCCGCUGCCCUGACACGCUGGAGCUCCUGCAGCUCGAUGUCACUGACCCCUGCUCGCUGGCAGCUGCUGCACAGCAAGUGCAGGGACAGCAGCUGGAUGUGCUGGUCUGCAAUGCAGGGGUGGGACUGAUGGGACCGCUGGAGACCUGCUCUGACCAAGCCAUGAAAACUCUCUUCGAUGUGAAUCUCUUCGGGGCUGUCCGCACCAUCCAGGCAUUCCUGCCUGCCAUGAAGAGCCGCAGGGCCGGGCGGAUCAUUGUCUCCAGCAGCAUUGGGGGGGUGCAAGGGCUGCCUUUCAAUGCUGUGUACUGCGCCAGCAAGUUUGCAGUGGAGGGGCUGUGCGAGAGUCUGGCCAUCGUCCUGCGACCCUUCAACAUCCACCUGACGCUGGUGCAGUGCGGGCCCGUCCACACCAGCUUCCAGGCCAACCUGCAGCGCCCCGACCCUGAGGGCAGCGAGAUGCGGGGCCUGGACGCCGAGACACAGGGGCUGUACCGCCGGUACCUGGGGCACUGUCAGAGCAUCUUCCGCGACGCGGCCCAGGAGGUGGAGGAGGUCCUGCCGGUAUUCCUGGACGCCAUCGGCAGCCCCUGCCCGCCCCUUCGCUGCGCCAGCACCCAGCUCCUGGCCCCGCUCUGGCGCCUGCGGCUGAGCAGCCCCGACGGCUCCGCGUACGUCCGCGCCAUGCACGACUUCGUGUUCGGCGGCAGCGAGGCCGGCGGGGACCAGCCCUGAGCGGAGCCACCGCAACACCGGCACCGCUGCCAGGAGACCCCCCAGCCCGGACCGGGCUCGGUCGCGUGCUCGGUGCCGCCGUGUCCCCAAUAAAGCUCUUUGCAGCCGCACGGCUCCUGC